GACGUCAUCGCGCUGACCAGGAAGUAGAGCAGCCAGCACGCGUCGAUCCGCUCGCUGCAUGAGCGUGCAGCACGAGCGUGCCACUUUGGCCCAAUUGGACAGUUUACAUGUCGGGACUCCACAUGAGCAGGAGGAAAGUCGAAGUUGCUGGUGUGUCAAGCCGACUUUGCUGAGCUGCGUUCAGGGACUUUAGUCAUGGCUGGGAGACUGAGCUUCUCAAACAUCACAGCCCUGGCCCCCAUGGUGCGGGUGGGCACGCUGCCCAUGAGGUUGCUGGCGCUAGACUACGGGGCUGAUGCGGUCUACUCCGAGGAGCUGAUUGACAUCAAGAUGGUGCAGUGUCGCAGGGUGGAGAACGAGGUUCUGCAGACGGUGGAUUUUGUGGCGCCGGAUGAUCGCAUAAUGUUCCAGACCUGCGCAAAGGAGAAGCAGCGAGUCGUCUUCCAGAUGGGUACGGCCGACCCGGACAGAGCCCUCGCCGUGGCCCGACUGGUGGAAAAGGACGUGGCGGCCAUUGACGUCAACAUGGGCUGCCCUAAGGAGUAUUCCACAAAGGGCGGCAUGGGCGCAGCUCUCCUGUCCGAUCCUGACAAGAUCGAGGCUAUCCUCCGCAAGCUGGUCGGCGGCGUGGCCGUGCCCGUCACCUGCAAGAUCAGGAUCCUGCCCUCGCUGGAGGACACGCUGACUCUGGUGCGGCGGAUCGAGAAGACGGGCGUGGCCGCUAUCGCCGUCCACGGCAGGUUCAAGGACGAGCGGCCCAGACAUCCCGUCCACUGCGACUACAUCCGAGGCGUCGCCGGGGCCGUGUCCGUCCCCGUCGUCGCCAAUGGUGGCUCCCUGGACCUGGUCAAGAGCUACGACGACAUCCGGGCCUUCAAGGAGGCCACGGGCGCCUCAUCCGUCAUGUUGGCGCGAGCAGCCAUGUGGAACCCGUCGGUCUUUCGCAGCGCCGGACCGCUUCCUCUCCACGACGUCAUGAUCCAAUACCUCACAUACGCGCUGCGCUACGACAACCACGCCUUCAACAGCAAGUACUGUUUGUGUCAAAUGCUGCGGGACAAAGUGGAGUCGGCUCUGGGCAAACGCGUUCAGGCGGCGCAGAGCAACCGAGAGCUCAGCGAGGCGUACGGCCUGGAGGAGCUGUUCCAGCAGACGCAGGCGGAGCUGGAGGCACGUCGCGACGCCCUGCUGAGUCCCGAGCGACGGCGGGGAGACGUCAUCGCCAUGGACGGCGACGUCACCACCAUGGCCCUCAAGUUUCAACGACGUGAAUACCCGCCGCAGCUCACGCCCAAGAUGUUCCUCCUGGAAUGGAGCCGGCGACAAAAGAUGGAGCAGCCCACCUACCAAACUGUGCAGCGUGCGCAGGAUCGAGCUUUCCAGUCCACCGUCACUGUGCAAGACAGGAAGUACAGAUCGUCGCUCUGGGAGAAGUCAAAGAAGUUUGCGGAGCAGGCGUCCGCCGUGGUUUGUCUGCGCGCUCUGGGAAUUCCCGAAGGUCGCGCGGGCGAGGAAAAUGUGGAAGGGCUGCACAAAAGGAAGAUGGAGGACACUCGCAACGAGGAUGAAGACAAGAGGAAGAAGAAACAAGUGAUGAAUGACGACGGAAGCUGCUGAAGGCAAAAACGGCAUCAAUGUUACCCGUUUGACUUUUUAUUUAUUUUUAGCUCCCUUCUACGCAGCCACCUGCAAUGCACUGAAGAUGAUGUCACGCCCGACUUUUGCCCGCAAACGUUGCCUUCGGCCAACAGGGGGCAACAUCGUUUGGGAUAUCAUCAAUUUCUUGCACGUCAAUUUAGUCAAUGAGAUUCUAAUUUUAUGUCCUAACAUUAAGCGAAUGUUAUGUUUUCUGGAAACCUUCUGAUUAUCUUUUGAUUCUUGUCCAUGAUGUAGGUUGGGGGUGUCCAAAGUGGGUUCUGAAGGGCAGCUGUCUUGCCUGCUUUUGCUGCAAGGUGUGCUGCAGGAGCGACACAUGUAAAACACGCAGGACAGGACGGCGGCCCUUCACAACCCAAGCUGGACAUGCCUGGUGUAGGAGAAGCACUAUAUCCAGUUUUUCUUUCUUUAUUAGCACAAGAAGCUCAUGUUAUGAUCAAACAAGUGUCCUUCUGAAAUAGUAGGGUGACCCCCAAGGAGCAUUGGGGGCAGCAGAGCGUACCAAAAUAAAGUUUAACUGCACAUCGCACAGUGCAGGAGCUAUGAAAGGGGCGAAGAGUGCACGGCCAACUACAAACCGGAAAGAACGGGGAUGAAAAGAAAAGCAGAAACUUUUGUUGUAAGUUGAUAUCAACAAAUGAUACCUUUGGAUAUUUCUUCCUGACAGUGCGUAACCGUAAAAGACGGAAUCACACUGAUUUGAUUGACUCGAAUUGUUUAUGGGCUUGAUUUCUAAUUCAAUUCCAAUACUAAUGGAAGGCAAAUCACAAUCACGCCCGAUCGAUGACGUCAGUGUCGGGCCAGCAUACGGUGCGUUCAGGCAUCUCGGGACUUUACGUAUAUACCGAAUUAGUAAAGUGGAUGAGACCCAAGACAGACUAAGGUAUCGCAAGCCAACUUAACACGCUUCCCGCCCUAUUUGCUGAAAAUAUUCAAUCAGAAUAAAAUGGAAUUGACUUUGGAA